CUUACAUAGGGAAUAGACAUUGUUUUUCCGACUCUAGUGGACUUUCAUCCUGGAAAUUGCAAUAGUUUUAUCCAAACACGGUAAAUAUACCUGUGCAAAAAAUUUUUUUUCUCCUGAUGAUGGAUCAUUAAAGGCUAUAGUGCAGCAGUGUUUUGUGACGGAAGAAAGCCACGAGGCAGUUGAGUCAGGGCGGGAACUGUGUGACUCACUGACUUCCUCACUAGGUUUAUAGUAACUCGUGGAGCUGAACAGAAGAGACUCUGCGCUAUGGCUGAGAGAAACCCCUGAACUUCCACACCGCACAUAAUAACCGCUAGCAGGAAUAGACAAACCAUUUUUUUUUGUUUUUUUUUUUUUUUUUCAUUUGUAUCCUCAGAUCUGUGAUAGUGAAGUUACAUCGGUCUCCACUUUUUUUUUCUAGAGGUUGACACUGACUGGGGAAACAUGAGCGAGCGUUUUGAUUGCGAUAACUGCAAAGAAUCCCUGUACGGGAGGAAGUACAUCCAGGCAGAGGAGAAUCCAUACUGCAUCCCCUGCUAUGACAGUCUGUUUGCCAACACCUGUGAUGAGUGCAAGGAGCUGAUAGGCCAUGAUGCACGGGAGCUGUUCUAUGAAGAUAGGCACUACCAUGAGCACUGUUUCCGUUGUUUCCGCUGUGACCGGUCACUGGCUGAUGAGCCCUUCACAAGCCAGGAUGACGCUUUGCUCUGCAAUGACUGUUACUGCAAUGAGUUCUCUUCCAAAUGCGUCGCAUGUGACAAGACCGUCAUGCCUGGCACUAGAAAGCUGGAGUAUGCUGGCAACACAUGGCAUGAGGGCUGUUUCAUUUGCAGCAGUUGUAAGCAGCCUAUUGGCUCCAAGUCCUUUAUCCCAGAUAAGGAUGAUCACUACUGUGUGCCUUGCUAUGAAAACAAGUUUGCCCCUCGCUGUACUCGAUGCAAACAGGUCUUGGCCAAAGGUGGUGUGACCUACCGCGAUGAGCCGUGGCAUAAGGAGUGCUUUUUGUGUGCAGGCUGCAAAGUGCAGCUAGCUGGCCAGCACUUCACUUCCCGAGACGACCACCCCUACUGCAUUAAGUGUUUUGGAACCCUCUACGCUAAGAAGUGUGAGGCCUGUAGCAAACCAAUCACAGGUUUCGGUGGAGGGAAGUACAUUUCAUUUGAGGAGCGGCAGUGGCACCAGUCUUGCUUCACCUGCACCCGGUGUUCGGUGUCUCUUGUAGGAGCUGGUUUCUUUCCUGAGAGGGAUGAGAUCCUGUGCCGCGAAUGCAACAGCAAUCUAUAGAGCCUUAUUUAGAAUACUCUCCAUUCUGCCAAUCUCUCCCUCUUUCUGUCUCUCUCUCUCUUUCUCUCUCUCUCUUAUACACACAUACACAAACACACCUACAACCAUGUCUCUAUGCAUCCAUAGAGUUUUAGAAAUACUGAUUGGCUCAGCAAAAGCUGUGGUGAUUACAAUAUGCCUAUUUGAUAGUCAGUCUGGGGUGUUUGUAAAGCAUACAAGCAACUUUUUGGCAGAUGGUGCAACCUCCCCUUUUCUUGUAAGGUAAAGAUAAGUUUAUUUGUCUAAGAAUUUUCUUGUUUGCAAAAGAAUGACUAUGCAAGACCAUGCUUGUUAGAAACUAGUCUUUUCAGAAUUGUGCCUUACUAGUUUGCAUUGCUCACCCUGUGUGCUUUCACUUUAUAUAAAUUAAUGCCCUCAUUGUAGGUUCUAUUUUUUUUUUUUUUUUUUUUUUUAACUUAAAACCACAGCGAACUCAGGCGUAGCUCAGUGUGCUACGUGUCCCACUCUUUUUUUCAUCAAACUGCAGAUUCCUUAGCUGCACUGCUUGCUUUGUUGAGAUGGAAAGCAGUCCAUCAUUUUUUCCAUUCAGUAGUGCUUAAGCAAUGCUUAAGAUAAACCACCCCCUCUCUCUCAUCCUAGGACUAAAAACAGGAGAUGUAGUAAUUAUUAUAAAGACAUAAUCCACCCAUUCUGUAUUUGUCCUGGUUCAGUUGAAUUGAUUUGACUGUUAAGAGAGAGAGCUAAUAAUGUGUAGUUGAGUAUAUGAUUGCAACCUAUAAAACACCUUAGACAGAUUCCUCCUUAAACUUCAGAGUGCUCUGUGGCCCACUAGAAAGGUUAAUUUCCACAAAAAAAACUUAAUUUUGUUGUAUUGGCCACAAGAACACAUGCUUGGCAAGGCUUUGUAUCUGAAAGGUCUGCUCCAAGUCUGGUAAAGUUAAUAAAAAUGCUGGUGUGACUAUUUGAGGUUUGUCGUUUUUAAGCACUUUUGAUGUGUUUCUGUUUCUGUUUCUGUUUUGUUUUUGAUUAUAUUGUAUGUCAAACUGCAUUAAACGGUUAUUCCAAAUAAAUGUAUGUAUAUCACACCAAAAAAGCAACUUACAAGAAGUGUGGGAAAUGAAGUGUGAUGUGUUUUUAUAGAAAACAUUCAUGCAUUUGCACUAUGGAUUAAAUUAAAUAUAUCUUAAACACAGACAUCAAUAAUAAUGAUAAUGAAAAGACAUAUUAUGCAUACACUGCAUAUAAACACAAUACAAACCACUGCCUGCUUUCUCUUUCUGAAUUCCUUAUAUAAUCUUUGGUCUACUAUAUACAUAUGCAAUACUUUUCUGUUUUUCCUUAGUCUUUUAUAUGCAACAUGCUAUUUUUUUUUCACAUUUGAUGAGUGAAUGACAGGGCAAGUCCCAUGAAAAUGUAUGUUCAAAUAUGAAUAUGUCAGCAGAAUGGAAUGCAUGCAUUUAUUGUGGUUUUUUUUUCCUUUCACCUUUAUCAUUUAUUGCUUUGUUACUGAAGAUAAUAUUACUAAUUUCACCAUAAAAUAUUUCUAAAUGUAUGUAUUCACUUUGAGCUUUGAUGCUGGCUAGUCAGAGUUAGCUAAUGCUUUUUUUUUAAAUUGUUUAUAGAAAUAUGUAAUACGGACAUUUGGAAUGGAAAAGAGGUUUAAAAAUAAUUCAUUCUGAUCAAAAUGUUGAUGUUAUUUGUUAAUAAAUCUUUUAUAAAUUAA